AUGUCAAACCCUGACUACUCAUCAUAUGAACACUUCAUCUGGGUGAUUGAGGAGCUCCUCCCUCGCCUUCCAGACAUAGUACAAAACCAUUAUCAUCAAUUGAUCAAUGACAAUACCUAUGGUACACCAACAGAACCAAAGGUUGGACUGGUCUUUGAAUACAUCAGAAGGACAAAUGUUAAGCAAGUGGUGACACCCCUCACCAUCUUGAUUGAGUGUGUUGCCACACUCUUCUAUGCAAAGCAUGAUCUUGGCCCCUUCCAUAGCCACUUCAAGCUCGAGUGGCAAAUGAGGACAUUUGUGACCUCAUUCAUCAGCAAUGAGAGGGAUGCAACCUGCAUCCUCCACUUCAUGAUUGAGGUUCCAAGGUGGUUUGAAGUGGAAGCUGGUGCUCUUGAACAGGAGUUCAACAUGGUAUCAACCAAAGGGGGAAAUGUCAUGCAGGACUCAAAGAUGGUCGAAGCCUCUGAUGUAGCAUCGUCCGAGGGGGGAAAUGUCGUGCCUGCUGCAGCGGGUGAUGGUCUCACCAUCACUGGUCUGAGCUUUGUCAAUGCUGCGGUUGCUCAUAGUGGACCCCACACCUCAUCGUCCACUGUCUUCCAUCUCACUAGCAUAGAUGUGAGCUUCAAUAUCAAGAUCGAUGAUGAGCAACCUCUCCCCAAGCCACCGGAUGCACUCACGACGGAUGGCGACUGUCAGCGGUCGUGUGCCUGA